CCUAUAAACAUGACAGUCACCUACAGCAAUCGUGUAGCAGAUGCCAAACUGGGGACCUUCUCCCGGCUGCUACUCCGUUGGCGAGGCAGUAUCUACAAAUUACUGUACCAAGAGUUCCUCAUCUUCAUCGGCUGUUACUUCAUCAUCAGUGCUACCUACAGGCUAUUACUCAGUGAGCAGCAGAAGAUUCACUUUGAGAAGUUGGCGCUGUAUUGUAACAACUAUGCAGAGUUGAUCCCUAUAUCAUUUGUUCUAGGUUUCUAUGUGACACUGGUGGUCUCGCGCUGGUGGGCCCAGUAUGAGAGUAUACCUUGGUUAGACCGCCUCAUGUGCUUGGUGUCCAGCAAUGUACAUGGCACAGAUGAGCGAGGAAGAAUACUGCGAAGGACACUUAUGCGAUAUGCCUCUCUGUGUGGGGUUCUUAUCCUGCGCUCUAUUAGUACCGCUGUUUAUAAGAGGUUCCCCACUCUACAGCAUGUUGUGAAUGCUGGUUUCAUGACACCUGCUGAGCAUUUAAAAUUUGAUGCCAUUUCCUCUCCCCACAACAAGUUCUGGAUUCCAUGUGUCUGGUUUUCUAAUCUGGCAGUGACAGCUAGGACAGAGGGACGGAUCCGUGACAGCAUGGUGUUGCAGCUCAUACUCAAAGAGCUGAACUCUUUGCGUACACGAUGUGGGCGGUUGUUUGCAUACGACUGGAUCAGUAUUCCUCUUGUUUACACCCAGGUAGUCACAGUAGCUGUAUACAGCUUUUUUUUGGCUUGCCUGAUCGGCCGUCAGUUCCUAGAUCCCCAGAAGGGCUAUCCUGGACACGAGCUAGACCUCUAUGUGCCAGUGUUUACACUCUUACAAUUCUUUUUCUAUGCUGGCUGGUUAAAGGUGGCUGAGCAACUAAUAAACCCCUUCGGACAAGAUGACGAUGACUUUGAGACCAAUUGGUUAAUUGACAGAAACUUUCAGGUCUCUCUGUUAGCAGUGGAUGAAAUGCACCAGAAUCUUCCUCCACUGGAAAAAGACCUAUACUGGGAUGAUUUAGACCCUCAGCCCCCGUACACUGCUUCUACAAUAGACACUCGUAGACCAUCAUUUCUAGGCUCUGCAUUUGAUAUAAGUUUGCAAAAAGAGGACUUGGAGUUCCCACCUCUUGAGCAGAUUAAUGAAAAUGAGGAGGCUAACCACUCUACACCACUGAUCGGCCCUUUUGGACGGUUGCUAGGAGUUCACUCUCCAAGUUCACCUCGCUCAAACUCUCGUCUGAGCUUGCUGAUGAGACGCAGGAGUGGGGUUACUUCUGGACUCCAUCAUUUUACACACCGUGAUAUGGGAAAUCUCAGGGGUGGGGAAGCCCUUCGUGAUCUUAACGUUUUCAUGUCCACCCCUUUUUAUGACAGGCCAGGGUUUUACAGUGCUCCUCAAACACCACUUAACGGAGGUCCAACUUUCAAUCCUUCCCGAUUUCCUGUCCAAGUAACUCCAAACAUUUAUCAAACACAGUGGACCAAGAAGAUGGAAACAUCUAGUGAAACAGCCGACGAGACGAGUCUAUCUCCUGGAUCAAAAGAGUGCUUUGUAUGGCCACUGGGCAAUAUGGAGAAGCAAGAAGAAGCAAUUGUGGAAAGCACUCCAACCCUAAAACCCAGUGACCAAUCUGUACAGAGUCCUAGACCGGUCCCUAGAAAGGUAGCAAGAGCCCAGCGUGUUUCUGCAUUGCUCCUGGGAAACCAAGCACUGGCAUCACCUGAUGCUAGGCACACCCCAGGACGCAAGGCACCGAAUUCAAUCUUUUCAUUUUCACCUAUAAAUUCCCCAAGUUUGCAGAGGGCUUCCAGAAUCUCUCAUGGGCAGAUGGAUGCAAACUGCGAGGGAGGCACUAAGGAACCACAUGGAAGUCAGUGCCCAUCUCCCAAAGAUUCAGGAAUCAGCCUAGCUGAGGGUGACUUUACGCAGCUCAUGGAGGUAAUAAUGGAGGCUGGUGAGCCCUCUGAACAGGAUGGAAAAAGUGGAUAAUAAACAAAAAGCAGGAGAAAACAGAAGCCUAUUAGCAUAACAGCAGACAGCUUAUGAUCAUAAAUAGAUGUACUGUAUGUAAGAGGGCUCAAUCAGCAGUUACACCUGUGCAGAGCCCAUUUUCUGCAGAACAUGAUGUGGUUGUGUCAGUCUCAACGCUGGAUGGAUUGUCUUUCAGUGUAAGGGUGGGUACACAUCAGGCCGACGGGCAAUCGGGACAAUGGUCGCGGCGAUUUCCCUUCACCCAGGAAACACCCAAGAUUUCCCAUGCACAGUAGCCCAGAGGUUCUCAAACGUGGUCCUCAAAGCACCCAACGGUCCUGGUUUUAUGUAUAUCCAUGGCUCAGCACAGAUGAAUACAUCAAAUUGACUGAGGUGCUAAUUCAUUCAGACCUGAUUUGUUCUCUAAUGGGCAAAACCAUGUGCAGUGCAGGUCGGGCAGAUAUAACGUGCAGAGAGAGUUAGAUUUGGGUG